AUUCUCAUUACUGAUGAUAAAAAGUAUUUUACUUUAUCUCAAUUCGGAAAUGAAGGGCAACGAUGGGGCUUUUAUAUAUGCAAUGUACAAGAUGCACUGGACAAAGUUAGGUUUAAGGGAAAAUUGAAAUAUGCCGAUAAAACUUUGGUAUGGUGUCCCAUCGCAGAAGCUGGUGUUUCAAAGCCGUUUGUUCGGCGUGUUCCCGGUAAAGCUCUCAAUGCUGACAAUUACGUUGACAGGUGUCUUACAAAGCUUGUUCAAUUUAUAAAUACUCAUCAGCCCAAUGACGAAAUCAUAUUUGGGCCCGACCUAGUGUUGUGCCAUUACGCCAGGAGAACGACAGAUUGGUUAACUGCUCAAAAUAUAAAUUUUGUUCCCAAGCGCGACAAUCCUCCAAAUGUGCCUCAGAAAACCAAAAUGAUGACCAAUAUGGUUCCCAGCGAAGAGAUACAGAUUAAUAACAACAAGAUCGAAUUAAUCGAUAAAUACACAUACUUGGGUCAUGAAAUUAAAAUACCCAGAGACAACCAAACCUGCGAGCUAAAUAGACGAAUCACGUUGGAAUGGGCGGCAUAUGGAAGAAUGAGAGACAUUUUUAAAACAAAUAUCCCAAUUCACCUGAAAAGGAAGGCAUUUAACCAAUGCAUCUUACCAGCGAAUGGAGAGAUCAAUGCUGGCCUGACCUUGAAAGAUCGCGUGAGAAAUGAGGAGAAACGCCGACGAACUGGCGUAGACGAUAUUAUACUGCGAAUCAAUAAACAAAAGUGGAGGUGGGCUGGACAUGUUGCUAGAAUGGAAGACGGAAGAUUGACGAAGAGAUUAUUGGAGUGGAGACCAAGAGCCGACAAGCGAAGUCGAUGCAGACCACCCACACGAUGGACCGACGAACUAAGGAAAAUAGAAACAAACUGGAUUGCAGCAGCUAAAGAUAGAGAGAACUGGAGACGUUUAGUAGGAGGCCUAUAUCCAACAAUGGAUGUGAAAAUGGGGCUGAAUGAUGAUGACCUAUUACACUGGAAACAAAACACGCUGUACAUCCACAUACACCAAUGCAAGCCUAGGAACUCGUUAAUGAUUGGAAAACUAGUCGUGGCGCAAAAAAGGCAUGUACUCAUUACUGUCAUAAUAAAUGAUGCACCUGCGGCUCUAACAUCUGGAGUGAAAAGUUCUCCCAUGAUGGCCGUUGGAAUUGGACCAAUUCCUAGGGAGUAAGUAAUCAUGAAAGUCACUAUGCUGGUCAAAGGUAGCCACUGGAGUGAAGCAAUUAAUGGAGAAUUAAGGUGCUUGAGGUAGAAAAAUCCACCCAACAUGAUAAGUGGUAUAGAACAUCCUAUUGUAGAGAUAAGAAGCAUGGGCCUUCUUCCAGUUUUUUCGACAAUAAAAGAAAGAAUUAUAAAACUAAUGACUUUUAUAGAACCAACUACUAUUGCCAAAUGAUUACUGUUAUAUUUUGUGCCAGCUGCAAUAAAUAUGGGUGCCAUAAAUUGGAUCAAAAUAGCAACUCCUGAAAGAACAGUUAUCAUGGGGGGAAUGAAUGCUAAAAGCGUUGCGUACCUCUUUUCUUUUGUUGAGAAUAAGGUAAAUAUAUUACCAGAGCAAGAAUUUGCUUGAAGUUUUAAAGCUUUCUCUAUUUGGUACAUAUCGCCCUCAAUUUCUUUAUCAUUUUUAUUGCUUCUUAACUUUCUAAGAGCUCUUAAGCAUUCUUUUCUUCUUCCCCUAGAUAAGGAAUAGAUUGGAGACUCGGGGGCACAUACGCAAAAGAAAAUAAAAAGUAAUAAUGGACUUAGU